AUGUGUCUGGACGCCAUUAGUACUGGCAUGUGUACAGACACCUGCAAGCAAGCGCUUUCGCAGUUUGCACUGUCGGGGUAUACACAGAGUACUGACUUCUCAAAGCUCAACCGGGGUCUCUCGCUCCGAACAAGAACUUGUGUUUGUUCCAAAGGAAUAGAAGAAGACGCCGUGUCCAGUGUGUUGAAGAGGAUUCCCUUCUCAGCGGCAACGAUACUGGUUUCUUGUGGUAUUCUUGGAAAAGCGGAAGACAUCGAGCCCCAAUUUGAUCCUUGCAAAGUCCAAGUAGACCAGAACGAUGAACCAUCCCCAGUGCUGUGGGCCGAAGACACCGCUCUUUCUGAUGAAUUCUUGAAGCAGAUUGCUACUGAUUUGAUCCACAGAUCCAUCCAAAAAGUGAAGACAGUCGGAGCGCACCACGACGAGAGUCGCCUACAGAACGUCUUGGGUGUUCUUCAGCAAAAGCAGAAGCGAAGCAGGUCGAAGAUCCUCUUCAACGUGGAUCUACCCAAUGAUGAAAUGUUUCCAGCCGUAGCCGCUUCUUUGUUUGAUACUGGUUCGCCCGAGCAUGGAGGUCUUCGAAGAGCGCUUCGAGAGGCUUUCCCUAUCCUCUCAAAGACCAUUGUGGGGGCCAACAGAGUUGAAUUCAAGCCAAUACCUGACGAACUUCUGCAGCUAUCAUUCUCAGAUUUGAUAAACCCCUCCAAAGAUCAUUUGGUAUCCUUACUAUCGUCACUGCUCACAUACAUUCUGGAGAUGUUUUUACCUGAAGCCUCUUCUGCAUUUCUUGACGAAAUUGCAACGAUCUACACACGCUGGAUUCUGAUGACGGAAGGCGCUACAGUGAGCAUAUUAUUGCAAAGCAAACUCUGGCAUUCUCAUGCUGGUCAAGGCUUGUUUCGGCUCCAUCAACUGCAUAUGAAACAAGCUGCAGAGAUGAUUGAGUCAUACCUUGGUUCCCGGGAGAUGGAAAAAUACAGGAGCUACACUGACGAUGCGUUGUCGGCUCAAGAAAUCUCAAGGAGCUUUGCCGGGGAGCUUUACACCGGGCUGCAUAUCCUGGUAGUCAUUCAGUCCAGUCUCGUCAAGCGAAUAGGCCGAAAUCCCUGCAAAAACAUCAAGGCCUUCAAGAAGAAUCCCUUCCAAUUCGUUAUCGGCUCUUGA